CGAGGAACUGGCCUAACGACUACUCAAUCGACAACUUGUCGGGCGGAACGCUCUCACAACACUUUCGCAGCUCGAGCGGACAAGAAGGGUUCCCGGUGGCUGCAGACCUGUGGAAAAAUAAAUUAUAAUCACGACGCGAUUGCAGUGCGUAUUUCUAGUGCGGUUUAGUGGACUUGGGAUCGAUCAAAUUGCACAAGGGUUUUAUCAAUCCAGUGAAAGAAAAACGCAGACUUAAUACACUCACCAUUGCCGGCUAGUGAAUUACAAAUAAAUUUAAAAGCGCUCUGUGCUUCAAAAGUGCCGCUUCUCAAAAUAGCAGUGGGAAAGAGACAUUUUCCUACUCGAAAGUUUUAUAGACUUCUUCAAAAUUCUCUCCUCACUGUGGACCCCUGGAGGAGGCGGUGGAGGCACCACCACCACCACUCCCAGCACCACGCCCGACAUACCGCCCUCGAAGGCCAAGUUCAAGAUCACCGUCGUGAGCACGCCCAGCCCCUCCCCGCCGCCUACGCCCCCUCCGGCUGGAUCUAUGCUGGCACAAAUGGUCGAGACAAAUUCCCCGCCGGCGGGUUACACCCUCAAAAGGUCGCCCAGCGAUCUCGGCGAGCAGCAGCAGCCUCCAAGGCAGAUCUCGCGAUCUCCGGGCAACACGGCCGCCUAUCACCUGACCACCGCCAUGCUCCUGAACUCCCAGCAAUGCGGCUACUUGGGCCAGCGAUUGCAGUCGGUCCUCCAGCAGCAGCACGCCCAGCACCAGCAGUCACAAAGUCAAACUCCGUCCUCCGAUGAUGGCAGCCAGUCGGGUGUCACCAUUCUGGAAGAGGAAAGAAGAGGCGGAGCCGCAGCCGCAUCUCUCUUCACCAUUGACAGCAUUUUGGGCUCCCGUCAACAGGGUGGAGGGUCCGCUCCAAGUCAAGGCAACCACAUCAGCAGCAAUAGCAACCAAAAUGGACUGACCUCGAAUGGCAUCAGUUUGGGUCUGAAGAGAAGUGGCGCCGAGUCCCCCGCCUCGCCGAACUCAAACUCUAGUUCUAGCGCAGCCGCCAGUCCCAUCCGACCGCAGAGGGUUCCUGCCAUGCUGCAGCAUCCUGGCCUGCAUCUGGGUCACUUGGCGGCUGCAGCGGCGAGCGGUUUUGCCGCCUCUCCCUCGGAUUUUCUGGUGGCGUACCCCAACUUCUAUCCAAACUACAUGCACGCCGCUGCGGUGGCGCAUGUGGCCGCUGCUCAGAUGCAGGCGCAUGUGAGUGGAGCAGCCGCUGGAUUGUCGGGUCACGGGCACCAUCCGCACCACCCACAUGGGCACCCGCACCACCCACAUCUGGGCGCCCACCAUCACGGACAGCACCACCUCAGCCAUCUGGGUCAUGGACCUCCGCCGAAGAGGAAGCGUCGCCAUCGCACCAUCUUCACGGAGGAGCAGUUGGAGCAACUGGAGGCCACCUUCGACAAAACCCACUACCCAGAUGUGGUGCUCAGGGAACAACUUGCCCUCAAGGUGGAUCUCAAAGAGGAAAGAGUUGAGGUGUGGUUCAAGAACCGGCGGGCCAAGUGGCGCAAGCAGAAGCGCGAGGAGCAGGAGCGGCUGCGAAAGUUGCAGGAGGAGCAAUGCGGCAGCACCACCAACGGCACCACCAGCAGCAACAGCGGCACCACCAGCACCACCGGCAAUGGGUCCAUGCCCGUAAAGUGCCCCGGAUCCGAUCACUAUUCCGCGCAACUAGUGCACAUCAAGAGCGAUCCGAAUGGGUACAGCGAUGCCGACGAGUCCUCCGACCUGGAAGUGGCCUAGGAAGGGGCGUGGCAUGCGGAUGUGGUGUAUAUAUGGAACGAUCGAACGGUCGAAGAACGAUGUCGGGUUAGGAGGUGAUUUAAGUGUAUUAAGUAUGUUGUGUAAAUUAAAGGGAAUCUCAUACCUAAACUAGUUUAGUGAGCUGCACACCUAUUUAUUUAUUGAAUCUGUAUACGACUGACUACUUAAACUGGAUUAAAUAGUUCAAAGAGCUUUGCGAUAAUGGUCGUUGGCUCAAAUGUUUUGUUUUGUAAAUAGAGAGAAACCCCUUUUCGAACACUUUUUGUUACUAGGUUGUAAGUUGAUAGAAGGGAGAGCCCCGACAACCCUAGAAAAUAUCUUAAUUAUAUUUAGUAAAAUUGUACAGUCACCUAAAUCUAUGUGAGUGUGGAUGUGCGCGAAUGUAUUGUAUCAAACUAGAGCGUGAAUGCAUUUUGUGGUAUUUGUUUCGUGUCCCGUGUCCAAGUCCAAAGUUUAUUGCAUCUAUAUACAAAUCUCCAUAAAGCGUAUUGAUAAAUAAGCAAGCAUACCAUACUAGACGAAAGUUAAGUGUCAUUCCUCCAACGAUUAAUUCUAAUGUUAAACCUAAACUAACUUAUUGAGAACCGAAAAUAAAACGCAAACUCGCCAAAAGUCAAAC